AUGUAAUAAAACUUUGUACUUUUAUGUUUGGUUUUUAUAUAAUGUUUGUUUGCAUUUCUGAUCAGGAGAAAAACCAAAGACACAGAUGGUCUUCUUCUCCAGUCUUGUCUGCAGGCCUAAUGGUACCACCACUAAGGCAACACAUUACUUCACCGUCUUUCACCUUCGGAAUCAUUAUACUACUCCGGCCAUAGAUGAACCUUUUGUCCCUAUCUCAUCUCUCUCCCCUCAAGACCGUAACAAGUUCUUAGCUAAGCUCCUAUCAAACAGCAACAGCCUCGCUGGCGUCCGCCGCAUCCAUGGCGACAUCUUCCGAUCUCGCAUCCUCGAUCAAGACCCGAUCCCUUUCCUACGCAACAACAUCAUGCGAGCCUACCUCCGCCACGACUCCCCUCUCGACGCAAUCCAACUCUACAUCGACAUGGUGAGAUCAGACGUUAAACCGGACCGGUACACUCUCCCGAUCGUAACCAAAUCCGCCGUCCAGAUCCACGAUCUCCCGUUGGGAAAGCAGUUUCACUCCGUCGCGGCGAAGCUAGGGUUCGCGCGCGACGAGUUCUGCGAGAGCGGGUUCAUCACUUUAUACUGUAAAGCGGGGAAAGUUAGGGACGCACGCAAGAUGUUCGACGAAAAUCCCAAGAGAAAGUUAGGGUCUUGGAACGCGAUUAUCGGAGGGCUGAACCAAGCGGCGCGCGCCAAGGAGGCUGUGGAGAUGUUUAUCGAGAUGAAAAGGAACGGGUUUGAGCCUGACGAUUUCAAUAUGGUGAGUGUGACUUCGGCUUGCGGUGGCUUGGGUGACUUGGGGUUGGCUUUUCAGCUGCAUAGAUGCGUUCUUGAGGCUAAGCCUGAAGAGAAGUCUGAUGUUAUGAUGAUGAAUUCGCUUGUUGAUAUGUAUGGGAAGUGCGGGCGUAUGGAUUUAGCGAGUCAAGUGUUUGAUGAAAUGCCUGAGAGAAACGUAGUCUCGUGGACGUCUAUGAUCAUGAGCUACGCAGCUCACGGGAGGACGGUGGAGGCGUUGGAAGGGUUUGGGAAUAUGAGAGAGGCUGGCGUGAGACCAAACAGUAUCACGUUCCUUGGUGUUCUGAGUGCGUGCGUCCAUGGAGGUCAUGUGGAAGAAGGGAAAGGCUAUUUCGAAACGAUGAAGUCGGAGUUCGGUUUAGAACCGGGUUUGUCUCACUACGGAUGCGUAGUUGAUCUGCUGAGCCGGGACGGGCGGCUCGAGGAGGCUAAGAUGGUGGUGGAAGGGAUGCCGAUGAAGGCUAGCGUGGUGGUUUGGGGGUGUUUGAUGGGUGGGUGUGAGAAGUUUGGGGAUGUUGAGAUGGCUGAGUGGGUGGCUAAACACAUGGUUGAGCUUGAGCCGUGGAACGAUGGAGUGUAUGUGGUUUUGGCUAAUGUGUAUGCAUCGAGAGAGAUGUGGAAAGAUGUUGAGAGGGUUAGGAAGUUGAUGAAGGAGAAUAAGCUUGUCAAGGUUCCUGCUUAUAGCUCCACGACGACGCUCUAAUAAUUAAUCACAUGCUUAACUAAUAAGUGUCUCUCUUUUUCAAACCUUCUCUCUUUUUCAAACCUGACCUACUUUUGUUUUUGUCAUUAGGCUUUACAUCUUUGACUCCACUUACACUUAGUGGGAUAGUUUGCAAGUACCACAACAUCAUUA